AUGGAAAAAUGAAUUCAAAAGUUUAUCAGGAUGUUUUGCAGGAAAACCUGAGGCCGUCUGUCAGACAGUGGAAGCUAAAAAGAGGAUGGAUGCUGAAACAAGACAAUGAUCCAAAACACAGAGAAGUCAGUGCAGAACAUCUUCCACCUGAUCAGGAGGAGCCACAGCCCCCCCACGUUAAAGAGGAAGAGAAUGAUCACAGCAUCAGUCAGGAGAAAGAGCAUCUUGAAGGACUGGAGGAGUUUCCAGGGAUUGGUGUCCCUGUGAAGACUGAAGAUGAUGAAGACAAAGGUGAAAGUGAGGAGAAGAGAGGGGGGGAGCCUCCAAGCAGCCGCUCGACUCAACACAUGACAACAGAAGCUGAUGGAGACCACCGUGGAGGAUCACAAGCAGACAAUGGAUUAGCUCCACUAUCAGAUAAUGACAACACGUCACUCUCUCCUGACACUGAUGAUGAAGGUGCUAAAGCUGAUAUGACAUGUCACACUGACAACACACACUUUAAAUGCUCUCACUGUGACAAAGUGUUUAAAUACCGUUGGAAUAUGAAAACACACAUGAGAUUACACACAGGAGAGAAACCAUUUAUGUGCUUAUUGUGUAAUACAAGAUUCUUUAUGAAGGAACAUUUCAUAAGACACACAAGAAAACACACUGGUGAGAAACCUUUUACUUGUUCAGUGUGUGGUAAGUGUUUUAGAUAUAAUCAACAUUUGACAUCACACAUGAGAACACACACUGGUGAGAAACCUUUUACUUGUUCAACGUGUGGUAAGGGUUUUGUACGAAAGUGUGAUUUGAACGCACGCAUAAGAAUACACACUGGUGAGAAACCUUUUACUUGUUCAGUGUGUGAUAAGGCUUUUGGACAUAAUCUAUGUUUGAGAAAACACAUGAGAAUACACACCGAUGAGAAACCUUUUACUUGUUCAGUGUGUGGUAAGGCUUUUGGACAUAAUCAAUAUUUGAAAGAACACAUGAGAAUACAUACUGGUGAGAAACCUUUUCACUGUUCAGUGUGUGGUAAGGCUUUUGGACAUAAUCAAUAUUUGAAAGAACACAUGAGAAUACAUACUGGUGAGAAAGUGUUGAGUUGCGGUGUGUGUGCUGAAGGAUUCUCUUAUAAGUACCAGCUUAACAAUCAUAAGUGUGCUGGUGAGAACAGCAGCAGUAAAUGAAGUAGCAGGAUGUGAAAAAAGCUGUCAAGACUUGGGUAAUAUUAUGACUUUAUUCCCAUCAUAUUUAGUCUUUAUUCUCACGAUAUUUUAACAUUUCCCCUACUUAAUUUUUUUUAAGUACCACUUUAUUUUGUUGUGUUUUAGUUCUCACAGUAUUACAAGUUUUUUAUUUUAAUAUUUGAAAUGUUUGCUGCUAAAAUGUAACAGUAUGAUGUUAUUCUCGUAAAAUCACCACUUUUUCUUGUUGGGUUACAACUUUUUUCGUUUAAAAGUUUGGUUCUAUUGUAAACUUACUGCAGAUUUUUUUUUUUUUUUUUGCUGCUGUUGUGUUUUUUCCCUUCUUGUUGAAUGUUUUCAAUAAAAAGCAGCACUCUGGACUUUGCUGGAAGCUGUAUUACUGUGUCCA